AUGGGUUCGGGGCGGACGCCUUCUCAGCUUCUAGCGUUGCGAUCGAGUGAUGACCGCGACGGUUUAAGGUGAUACAAUCGGCGCCCGCUGGAUUGUUAUUUUGAAAUCGUUUAAGCCAUCUGAAAGACUUUGUCUGAACGGCAACUGGCAGUGGCAGCCAAGCAGCCAGUUCGUUCCAAAUCUCUGUCGACUCGUUAAAACUGUAGUUCUUUGAAAAAAGGAAGAAUUUUCUGAAGUAUUGUUAAAACCCUCAUAUAAACCAAGAGAACUAGAGUUCACCAAACCGAUCCUAUUUGGCGUACUUUCAACCGAAUCCAUUCUUUCCGAAUCGGCCAUUCAACCGAACCCAUUCUUUCCGAAUCGGUUAAUUAUCAAUCCGAAUCGGAUAUUUUCAACCGAACCCUAGAAAAUUUCCAAAUAUUCUUCCGAAUCGGGCGUUCAAUCCGAAUCGGUCAAAAAGAAUGAAACCAAUUUUAUUCAAAUUUUUCUUUCUUUACUAUUUAUUUUCAUUUAAACUCACUGUAUAUUCAGAAAAUUGAUAUGAUCUGGGAGAGAUAAACGGAGUACAGCCAAAGCCUAUCAAAACUUGAGUGUGUGCAAUAUCUUCACAAAGCUGAAGAUUUCUCAUUGCUACAGGUCCUUUUUCGGUUUUUUCCUCAAUUUUUCUCGCCCAUAGCCGACUUUCAGCUUUGCCCUUGACUAUUUAGAUACAUCUUUCCAGAUCAAUUUUUUUCAACAUUUUUUUUUGAUUUUAACCCCAGUUUGAAUUUGGAAGUAUCUGGUCUAUGACUUCUUUUAGGGUCGUCUGACCAGGGAAUGGUCUCCGGUCGCAGUGGGACCUCUCAAUGAGACCAAUUUUUCCAGAUGUAGUUUUUCACACUGAUCUAAAAUCUGGUCUCAAAAACUGCCGAGGAGCUUUGUGAAAAAAGUUAUGGACCCUCAAAAGUCGAAAAUUUCAGUGUCUCCGAUUGAGCUCAUUUUUGGAGGGUAUAUAGACCUUAUCCCUCUGGUCAAGAAAAACUAUUGAAGUUUUCACAAAAAAAUUUCGGAGCCCAGAUAUGAUCUUUCAAAGCCCCGCCUCACACAAGAGCUUGCGAGCGCGGUGUCCUAUUGCGAUCCGGCGACCGUCGAAGCAACGGCAGCAAGGAGCAGUGGUAAGGCGGCGGACUGGGGUUCACGAGGUCAUAGGUUAGGUGCUCACUCUGUGCAAACUUUUUUUGCAGUUUUUUCUAUUUUUUAUGAUUUCGUUUAGGGGUUCCUAUUUUGAGUUUUGAGGCGUAUGAACAUGAAAAUUCUUCGUUUUUAGCCUAUUCGAACAUCUCUAAUUAUUUUCGUCAAAAAUUUUUUUCAUGGAAUUUUUCGAGAUUUUUCAUGUAUAUGAGCAUGGGCUGGAGUGAGAAAAUUUUCAGAAAAAAUUUUUGUUUUUUUCCAUUUUUUGGUUCCUUAAAGAUUUAUAAGUUUAAAUACUCAUAGAUACGCCGACAUAUCCCACGGAAAAAUUUUUUCCUGGCUUUUUUAGACCUCACCGUUCAACUACGACUGUUGAAGUUUCGGAAAAUUUUUGCGGAAGGGCUCUUUUUCGAGUUUUGAAGCGUUAAACUGUGAAAGUUCUCCGUUUUGAAACUAUUCAAUCACCUGGACCUUUUUUUGUCAAAAAUUUCUUCAUAUAAUUUUUCGUUAUUUUCCAUGUGUAUGAGCAUAGGCUCGAGUGAGGAAAAAUUUUCAAAAAUUUUGUUUUUUUGGUUUUUUUAAAAAAAUUUUUAUUUAAAGUUUUUUUCAGUCCAAUUAUUUAGGGACCGCAAGGCCACACCCCCUCGCUGA